CCAUUUUCGUCAGUGGUGCCCCGCUCGGUGGAAACAGCAGUUGUGCGAACGACGGUCCCGACAGAGGAGCAGAAGCAAACGUCGCUCUCUGUGCGUCCGCGGUCACUCCGGGGUGUCGAUUGAGAGUUAGUGGCCGAGCAAGGAAUACUUUUCGGGGCCCCGAGACCGGGCCCGUUUCCGAGUAGCUGCGAAUUUCGGCUCCGUAACCAUGGCCGGUGUGAAAAUGGCCGGACAGACAAUCAACGACAGGUUGCUGGCGGCGCGGCACAGCUUGGCCGGUCAGGGCCUCGCCAAGUCCGUGUGUAAAGCCACCACCGAGGAGAUGAUAGGACCCAAAAAGAAGCAUUUGGACUAUUUGAUCCACUGCACUAACGAGCCCAACGUGAGCAUCCCCCAACUAGCCAAUCUGCUGAUCGAGCGGUCGCAGAACACCAACUGGGUGGUGGUGUACAAAGCGCUCCUCACCGUGCACCACCUGCUCUGCUACGGCAAUGAGAGAUUUACCCAAUACCUGGCAUCCAGCAACAGCACCUUUCAACUCAGCAACUUCCUCGACAAAAGCGGGGUGCAAGGCGGGGCUCAAAUUGGAUACAACAUGUCUCCGUUUAUCAGGAGAUACGCAAAGUACCUUAACGAGAAGGCCCUCUCUUACCGAACCGUGGCUUUUGACUUCUGCAAAGUCAAGAGAGGGAAGGGCGACGGCACCCUGAGGACCAUGAACACUGACAAGCUGCUGAAGACGCUGCCCGUGCUGCAGGCCCAGUUGGACGGCCUGCUUGAAUUCGAUUGCUCAGCCAACGACCUGACUAACGGAGUCAUCAACAUGUGCUUCAUGCUUCUCUUCAGAGACUUGAUCCGUCUCUUUGCCUGCUACAACGACGGAAUAAUUAAUCUGCUUGAAAAGUACUUUGAUAUGAACAAGAAGCAGUGCAGAGACGCGCUCGACUUGUAUAAGAAAUUCCUUAUCAGAAUGGACCGGGUUGCCGAGUUCCUCAAAGUGGCCGAGAAUGUUGGCAUAGAUAAGGGUGAUAUUCCUGACCUCACAAAGGCUCCCAGCAGCUUACUGGACGCCUUGGAACAGCACCUUGCUGCGUUGGAAGGAAGGAAAGGAUCUGCAGCCAAUACUCCCACCCAGUCCGCAAGAACAAAUAUAACGUCUGGAGUUUCCGCCCUCUCCUCCACUAGUUCUGCAUUCGGGUCGGCCGCCAGAAAUGAGGCCACAGCUGCCCUGCAGUCCAACGGAGCCUUGGCUGCCAGUAUUGACGAGACCCUGAAAAGGCAGGCGUUAGCAGACGAGGAGGCUGCUCUCAAUGCCUACAAAUUUCCACAGGAAAAGUCGAGUCCAACCCAGAACAACAGUAGCACAAACCCGUUCCUCAGUUCGCCUACCAACUCUGGAGCUGCAGCGGUCGACUUCUUCUCAACGCCUGAUGCUGCAGCUGCACAGAGUAAAGCGUCAGACGAUCUUCUGCAGCUGAGUGGAAAUCCAUUCGCAGACAUGUUCGGAGGCGUGGGCGGAAAUCCCGCUCAACCGGCUGCCGCUGCCGCCCCUGCUAACAUGUGGGCCACCAACGGAUUCGCGGCUGCCUCUCCUCUCCCUGCAGCCACGGCUGCGGUAGGAUCAAACUUUGUCUCUGACAAGGCGUUCAGUUCUGUCUUUGGAGAUGCAAAUGAUAGCUCAGCCCAGCCUGCGCAGCCCGCUGCCUCUGGCACCGUUUUGACUGGAGACCUGGAGUCGAGCUUGGCCAGUUUAGCAGACAACCUCACCAUCAACAAAAGCCAGCCAGCCCAAAAGGGAAUGCAGUGGAACUCACCUAAAAAUACUGCCAAACCAGGUCAAAACUGGACACCGCAACCAAUGGCAGCCACCACAGGUGCCAAUUACCGACCAAUGGGCCAGGGCAUGCAACUUGUCCAACCUGCUCCGCAAGCCGUACCCUUCAACAUGUACCCUAGCCCCCAGGUCUACCCUGUGAUGCAGGGAAUGUGGGCCGGUGGAGUGCAACAGCCGAUGAUGGCGGCGCCAGGAGCCCAAAUCAUGCCUCCGGCUAUGCAGCCUCAACAACAGCAGUCCCAACCAGACCCCUUUGGUGCUCUUUAAGCUCCCCCAGAAUCUAGAAGUUCAACGGUGCAAUAUGAGAUGUACACUAGUUGGGAGAUAAAAAGCUAAACACAACAAACCACAAGCCGGAUCCUCAAUAAGCAUGAACUUUCCUUCUUAGUUACUAGCGGCGGGCGCCUCUCACAAAGUAAUAAUCGUCAGCCAAGAGUAAUAAGUGUGCGCCGCGGCCGCUGGCAAAUUGAUUAGUUUUGUAUGGGUGUCAUGUUUUUCUCACUCGGUCAAUGUGUGGGGGCAGAAUAAUAAUCAGUUUAAAAAUGUCCCGCUAUUGCCCAAAAAGAGAAUCGAUUUGCGCUUAAAAUAGAAUAUUAUUAGUUGAUUUAAAAAAUGCUUUGUGUAAAUAAUAUCAAAAUUCCGAGUAUUUGUUUGAAGUGGAGAAAUAGAGGGCUUGUUGAUCUCAGUUGUUCCAUUACUCUAGGUUACUAAUUGCACCAUUAUCCGUCAAACUCAAUUUAUGUAAACACCAUAUGCAUACUUCUGAUAUGAGAGAGAAAGAGCAACAGAGUAAAAGACAAAAAGAGUGGAGCUUGUGGAAGGUCAGGUUAAAAAAGAAUAUAUUGGGAUAAUAAAUUGUGUUACUCCACCAGAAAUAUAAAAACUUCAAAAGUACCGUUAAUGCUAAUAAUGCGAAAGUGUAGUUAGCUCAAGAGAGGCUGAACAAAUCCACGAGUGACUUUGAUGCAAAUGUUGAAUGUAGAACUUAGAAGUGUCUCUCUGCGAGCCAAUCAUAUAAACAAACGUUGAUGUACACGAGCAAAUGGAAGCUUGUAGCUUGUCCAUGAUAUUAAAUGGUUUUAGUCAACAGAGUUAUCUAUAAAAAAAACGUCAUGCUCGUGUCUAGUGGGAAAAAUGUUGUCAGCGUAUCACACCAAUUAUCUCGGAUAAAUAGAAAUUCAAAGCCACAGACUUAGACCAUUGUAAUCUAACUUUGGUGUUAAAUAGUCAAAAUAAUUAAAGCAAGCACCAAUUGUAAAAAAGAUAUAUAUCAUGACUUAUUUCUGGCGCAGGAGAAAUUUUUCUGAUUCUAAUUAAGGAAGAAAAUAUUAUAUAUUUGUGGGCAAGAAAUGUGUAUAAAUAAAAGCAUGUAUUGUAUUAUAAUCAUUCUGGAUUUGUGUAAUCUAAAUGAGAGCCAUACUGCGUUUAUGUGUAUAUUGCAAGAGGAAAAAGUAAUUUUAUGGCUUUGGUUCAAACCAGAGUGAUUGAGUUGAUCGGACUAUAUUAUUUGCUUACUCUUUGUGAUAAUGUCAAGGCUCUGUCUUGUUGAGUUUUGGAGCAGGGUUAAAUUUUUGACUUGCUUGUUUGGAAAACUUUGAAAUUUUGUUCGCUUUCGCUGGUUGAUGGCACUAUUGUGCUGACUACUCAAAGUCGAUUCGAGCAGUGAAUGGAGAGUUUUGUUAAUAGUUGGCGAGUCAGGCUAUUAAAUUCUGUUACAUUCCACUUAUUCUCCACUUGCAAAAUUAUUUAGUAGAAUAUGUAGUAUGUUGAAUCAAGUGGGUAAAUGAAUUGGAUGCCGAAGCAUUCAGUAACCUGCCGGUGAUUGAUUUUGCUGCAAUAAUUUCUUCAUCUUGUGCAUAUAGAUAAAAAUUAUUAUUUUUCCAGUUCUUUUGGAAAAUUUGUUUCAACUUCAUAUUAAUUUUAUUUAUUACAAAGUAAAUCCUGCUGGGUGUAUUAACAUUGAAUGAUGGAUAACAUAAAUCAAGCAGCCAUCAAUUUAUAUCAUCUACAAAACAAAGUAAUGCAUGAUUAAUUUAGCAAUUGCUUGCGGCGUUUCACAGCAUCCUGUAAAUUCAUAUUUAUGUUAAUUGAUUAUGUUAACUCGAAAGUUACACAAAUAAAAAAUAUUGUUGGAAAAGUA